UUAUCCAUUAAUUGUGAAUUUAUCUUAGGUCGAAUGUACCCAUUGGUCGGGAAGGGUUGGGUCGAGGGUUUCUCCGGCUAUUCUUAACCGUCGAAGGUUUCUCCGCCAUUCGCCGUCAUUCUCUGCCAUUUUUCCUUCUUCCUUUCGACACUGAACCACCAGUGGCGGAAACCCCUUUUUUACCCUCCAACCUCUCUUAUCCCAUCUUCAUCUUUGCCUUUGCCUUUCCCUUUCUCCCUUUUUUUCUCUUAACCCCUUCUCAUUCUCUCGUUUUCUAACAUUGUUCGUUGUCUUCUCGGACGGGAACGGAGAGCUCCUGUCAGCGGCAUUCUCCAUACAUCAACUCUGGUCUUCAACGAUCGAAAGUAGCUUCAUGGUUUGAUACUCACCAUCUUUUUUUUUUUUACUAAUUUCAAGCAGAGCUAACGCCUGUAAAGUCCCUCAAUCGAAGCCUCUCGUUGCAUCAGUCGAAUUCAGGCCGAAUUUCGUUCAGUCAAAACAGUGGUGACUGACUGAUCAGUGAAGGGUGAGGUGAUCUCUCUUAGUCUCACUCACACCUCGACAAAGGACAACAAAUGGCUUUUCUUCUCACCUUGAUGCAGGGUUCUGGCAUGCUAAAGUGCUGGUUCUGAUUGUUGCUGAAAACCAUGGAAGUAAACAAUUCAUCAAGCUACAAUCAUGUAUUAAACAAAGAAUCUCCUCAGUUAGUUGCAUUAAUGAAAGAAAUGAAGGAAGGAUUGGAUGCAGUGAGGAGUAAAGUGCAAGCUCUAACUGUGAAAGUGAAAGAGAACCAUUUUCCAACAACAGAUGGUAUAAGCUAUCUUGAAGCAAAGCAUUUGCUGCUUCUAAGCUAUUGCCAGUCUAUUGUUUACUAUUUGCUCCGGAAGGCAAAAGGACUCUCAAUUGAGGGACACCCUGUUGUUCGGAGCCUUGUAGAGAUGAGAUUGUUUCUGGAAAAGAUUCGUCCAAUUGAUAAGAAACUCCAGUACCAAAUUCAGAAGCUCUUGAAGGAUGUUGGAAGUACAGUUCAGAAAGCAGGUUUCAAAGAAAAGGAAACAGAUGAUGCCAAGAAUACAGAAGAUCUAUUGAAGUACCGGCCGAACCCAGACAUGCUUGUUAGCAAAUCAAGUCAGAAUUCUGAGGAUAAGAGUGGUGUAUAUCGACCACCCAAGUUUGCCCCUACCACUAUGGAGGAGGAGGAUAGGAUUGCAAAACAGGAAAGAUUAGCACUGAGAAAGGAGAAGGAGACUCUGCGGAAAGCUAAGCAGAGUGCUUACGUCAGAGAAUUGAUGGAUGACUUUGAAGGGAGACCCGAAGAGGUUAGAGAAAUUAUUGGAGUUGAAAGUAGAGAGCUUAUUAGAUUUAAGGCAAAGAUGGAGGAUCGUGCACGGCAAGAGGAGGAACUUUUCACCCGGGUUCCACUUACAAAGAUGGAAAGGAAGAAAGAGAAGCAUUUGAAGAAGUCAAGAAAUGGGUUACUUGGUUUGACUAAUGGAUUUAUUGAUGAGAUUGGAACAUUACCUUUGGAGGAUGAUGGUGAUAAGCACACUAUAGGAUCCGGUAAUUUUAACAGUGGAAGGAAAAAGCUUAAGCGCAAGGGAAUCAAUGAAAAGAUUUAGGUGGUUAAGUAGAGAUACGACGAUUAUCAUCCAAGGAAAGGAGGUCUGCAAAUGGGUAGGUUGAUUAUUUUGUAAAACAAGGGGUGCAUAAGUCUGAGCUAUUAUUUGU